AUGGCGAUAGAGUUUUAUAUGUCUUUUUUCUUUAUACAUGUAGUGUUUGGACUGGCUGAAAAGAACAAUUUGGUGAAUGAUUCAGAAGAGCUAUUGUCUCAAAUCCAUGACCUAAAAAGAAAAUAUGACGAUUUGUUAUCCAAGUAUUCGGAUAUGUCGACGAAGUAUUCGGAAAUGUCAACGAAGUAUUCUGAACUGUCAACGAAGUAUUGCGAUAUAUCCAUGAAGUAUUCCAAUAUAUCUAAGAAUGGAGUGUUUGUACGAUGGGGACGUAAGGACUGUCCUUUAGAUAACGAAAGAGAACUGGUUUAUUCGGGAUUUGGAGCUGGAUCCUGGCAUGAUCAUCGUGGAGCUGCAGCUGAGUUCGUUUGUCUACCACGUGAUCCUAACCUGACCACCAAAUUCACCUCCUCCCGUGCAUUCAUGUUUGGCGCAGAAUACGACUCCACUGAUUUUGGUCAUCAGAAUGGAGAUGAUAUGCCUUGUGUGGUUUGCAGAAGGAAGAGACAGUCGAGCGUGUUGAUGAUACCAGGAAAGAGUAGCUGCUACUCGGGUUGGAAGGAGCAAUAUCAUGGAUACCUUGCAGCGGGACAUUAUAAUUCUCAAGCUGCAACACAAUACAUCUGUCUAGAUGAACAUCCGGAUGUUCUUACAGCAGGACGACGUAAUGACAAUGGCAAAUGGGUUUACCCUGUCAUAGCUGUGUGUGGGUCACUGGCAUGCCCACCAUACCACAACAAUAUGUACCUAACAUGUGUUGUGUGCACAAAAUAA